AUGGACUGCAGCCUCAUGGCCACGCAAGCCUAUGGGGAAGAGGACAUUUGCUGGGAAGAGCCACAGCUGGCGCAAGAGGAACCCAUAGCCAUGGCAGACACACUGCUCUACGAAGACGGCGGGGUGGAGGAGCCGGCAGAGCCGGCAGAAGCGAUGGUUGUGCCAGAGCCACCCAAGGGCAUCGAAGCCUGCCCGGACACGCAGGUCUACGCCGACACCUCCUCGCCGGAGAAGUUGACCGAGACCGAGACGCACUUACACGACUUCCCGGCUACGCAAGCGUAUGUCGACGAGAUCCUACCAGCUCCAGGCGGAGGUGAGAUGCCCCCGGAGACAUCAGACGCUUCCACCAAUGCGGCAGAGGAGCAGCCUUCAGUGGCCACCGACUCGGCAGAAGGGCCCAGUUCUCGCUUGGAGCUCGCAUGCACACAGGCGUACCUCGAUGUGGAUGAGCUGACUCGGGACAUGCCAGACACGCUUUGGUAUGGACAGUCGACUGCCGCUGUGACGUCUGCAGCCGAGCCCGACGAGGCAGCCGGUAUGCAUGACGACUUGGAUGCCACACAGGCCUAUGGCGAUGAGCCUUGCGACGCCUUCUGCGAUGAACCGUCCAGGCCCUCGUCUCCACCGAAGUCGCCAGUGAGAGGAGGGACCUCAUCUGCUAUGCUGCCGCCCCCUCCGCCUGUCCGCACCGGUCAACAGCGGAACGUGAAAGCAGCACCAAUCGCCGAAGCUCCAAAAGAAGAGGCAUGCACGCCGGCGGACAUCGUGCCCAGAGGCCGAAACGUCGCAACACCGGCGAGAAGCCCUGCGAAACGCCGGAGCAGCACCAUUAUCACCGUGGAGGAUGAACCUCCCGAGCCAAAGCGGCGAAAGCUGAUCGGUAAGCAGCCGCCUCCUGUGCCGAACCCGUGGCCAGUCUGCUCUGCGCCGCCACGAGGGGCAGCACCUCGCAGCCGCACAACUGGCCGAAAGGAUGCCAAGAAAAAGGCCCCGCAGCGCAAGACCAAAGCGCAGCAAGUGUGCUUUGCGACCACGGGACUGGUCCUCGACAAGCACGUGCGAAGUUCAAUCAAGAAGACUCUUGGUGCCCGGGUUGUGGACGAGUGGUCGCCGAAGGUCACACACAUCGUUGCCAGCGAGUUCCGCAGGACCACGAAGAUGAUGUGCGCGGUGUGCAACGGAUGUCAGAUCGUUGUCCCGGGCUUCUUGGACGCGUGCCUGAACGAGGGGCAGCUUGUCGAUAGCAGCUCCUUUGUUCUCUGCGAUGCUGCCGGCGAGGCGGCUUUCCAAGAGAAGCAGUCGCUGUCGUCUUAUGCACUUCAGGAGGCGCUGGAGAUUGCUCGGGGCCGGGGUUCGCUGUUGCAGGGUAUGCCCGUUCACUGGUCGGGCGGCACAGCGGCGGAAAGGAAAGAAAUGCGUGUGCUCGUCGAAGCCGCCGGGGGCCGCUGGCUCUCUCGCAAGCCACGGCACGUAGAGGCGACAGAGCCGGAUCAGCUUCCAUCGACAUUGUUGCUCGGCCAGGACUACGAUCCAGAGCUGCUGCGGGAAGCCGCGUGCACGCAGGUGUUCCGCCUCAGCAAGUAUGCGCUUCCGCGAACGUGA